CUUCCUGCGGGAGCCGCGCAGUUGCCGCUAUGGCGUCCCUGCGAGUAGGAGCUGUGCUGCUUUUUGCCGUUCUCCUGCUUUUGCUGGAGGUGGCGAGCGCGGGGUUGAACGGCUACUUCGGUACCAAGUCCCGCUACGAGGAUGUGAACCCGUACCUGGUGCGCGAUCCGCUGUCGCUGGGUCCCGCCGCGGCCGGGUCCGGGCUGCCGCCCUCCUGCGCUCCGCUGCAGCUCCGCGCCUUGCUCCGCCACGGCACCCGCUACCCCACGGCCGAGCAGAUCCGCCGCCUGGGCGACCUGCACGCCCGCCUCCUCCGCCGCCGCCCCGCCGCUGACGCAGAAUUGUCCGCAGCAGCCUGCCCCGCCGCCGCGGCCCUGGCCGCCUGGCAGAUGUGGUAUAACGAGAGCCUCGACGGGCGGCUGGCGCCGCAGGGCCGACGCGAUAUGGAGCACCUGGCCCGCCGCUUGGCCGCCCGCUUCCCCGCCCUCUUCGCCGCCCGCCGCCGCCUGGUGCUGGCCAGCAGCUCCAAGCACCGCUGCCUGCAGAGCGGCGCCGCGUUCCGCCGCGGGCUCGGACCGUCCUUCAGCCUCGGCGGCGACGAAGCAGAGGUGGAAGUUAAUGAUUCCUUGAUGCGAUUUUUUGAUCACUGCGCCAAGUUUGUAGCCUUGGUGGAAGAGAAUGACACGGCGAUGGGCCAGGUGAAGGCCUUCAAAGAGGGGCCAGAGAUGAGGAAGGUCGUGGAGAAGGUUGCAAGUGCUUUGUGUUUGCCCGUGGAGGAGCUAAAUGCAGAUCUUGUUCAAGUGGCUUUUCUCACCUGCUCAUAUGAGUUAGCUAUAAAAAAUGUGACCUCCCCAUGGUGUUCACUCUUCAGUGAAGAAGAUGCCAAGGUACUGGAAUACCUGAAUGACCUGAAGCAGUACUGGAAGAGAGGAUAUGGCUAUGACAUAAAUAGUCGCUCCAGCUGCAUUUUGUUCCAAGAUAUCUUCCAGCAUUUGGACAAAGCAGUGGAAGAGAGCAAAAGUUCAAAACCUAUUUCUUCACCUGUGAUUGUACAAGUUGGACAUGCAGAGACACUUCAGCCACUGCUUGCCCUUAUGGGUUUCUUCAAAGAUGAUGAGCCUCUCAAGGCAAACAAUUACAUCAGGCAAACACAUCGGAAAUUUCGCACUGGCCGGAUCGUGCCUUAUGCAGCCAACCUGGUAUUUGUGCUUUACCACUGUGAUCAAGUGAAGAACCCUGAAGAAGAGUAUCAAGUACAGAUGCUGUUGAAUGAAAAACUGAUGUUGUUUCAGCACUCGAAUGAAACCAUCUCUACUUACGCAGAACUCAAGCACUAUUACAAGAACAUCCUGGAAAACUGCCACUUCAAAGAAGAGUGUGAAUUACCGAAAGUUAAUAAUACUGCUAUUGAUGAACUUUGAGAGAAUGAAAUGGAGUGGGUGUUUUGAAAAUUGAUUUCGGUUCUGUUUGACAGAUUUUGUGAACAACCACUUUUGAUGAUUUGCUGCUGCUGUGUUGACUUAGAAAAUUUGCAGAUUCGAUGGGUUGUUUAUAUAUGCAAAUAAGUAAUUUCAUUGGUCAUUCCUCUUAUGAAUGUGUCAUAGAUGGGUUUUAAGAGCUGGGGCAACCUCUGUUUUAUCAGGUGUCGGAUUGAUUCACUAUUGCUUUGCUCUGCCUCUUUUGCUAGCUGCUCUUUUCCUGUGGCAGGCAUGAAAUAAUUCAAACCCGUGAGCUUUUCUGCUCCUUUUCCUGACCUUCUAGGAGGGAGAGAGUACAUAGUACUUCCCCACAGCUGCCCAGCUUCUGGCUGAACAGUACCAUGUGAACAUCUUUCUUGGGCAUUUAAAGCAGGAAAAAUUGCAGUGUUCCUGCAUUCAUCAUUGACCUACACUGCAUAGCAAGUUAGCCUCCCAGGUAAGUAAACUUAAAAAAAAGUGUGAGAGUGGGAAGGUGCUCUGGGAGAUGCAGCAGUUGUUCUCUGAGUUAAUCUGGUGUGUCUUUCACUUGACACCAUCAGUUUAUUAUGUUAAAGUUUUGGGUUAGUGCAUUCAGGUUAGGCUCUGCUACAGCUAGAAUAUAUUGGUCCUGUUGAGCUCUGGAGGUCUGCAGUCCAGCCUCCUGCUUGAAAUGGGAUUGUUGCUAAGCCUAAAUCAAGGCAGGUUUUGGACUGUAAAAAGUAACUGUCUGAGACUUGACUUCUGCUAGCUUUAAGGCACCAAACGCGGUGUCACUUUUGUAGGACUUACACAGUGAUGUGCUGCCUUGUUCUUGAAAUUAAGCUGGUCUUAAAGAAAUUAAUUGCAUACAAAUUCUGGUGAUCUUUUAAGACAACUGCACUUAAAGUAGGUUCACUUGCUACUAAAAGUUGGAAAGUAUUUUAGAGCUCUGCAGUGUGGCAGAGAAAGGGAAAAAGAAGAUAAUCGUCCAGAAUGUCUGAAAUGUAGUAAGUCAGAUAAAAAUUCCAUCGUUGCCCGGGAAGGAAUGACACUGUGAACAAGUUGCCCCAGAGUAAAUGAGGGUAUGGAUUUAUGGUCUGAUAGCUCUUUAAGUGUGUAGUAACACCCUAUAAUGAAUGUCCCAGAGCUUAUGCUGUGAAGUGAGAUGUAGUUUACUGGGGAGGGGGUGAAAGGUUGGUAUAAGUGAUUACCACAGGGUAUCAGGUGCACUAUAAAUGUUUAUACCCUCAUUUGCUGCAGGGUAAUUUCUUUUUGUAGGUUCACCUUCAUAACUGAGAACUUAAUUGCUGCAAAAACAGAAAAGAGAAAAAGAGGCUCCAAGUUGAGGAGUUAAACUUGAUGUAUGGUGGUGGUCUGGUUUUUUGUUUGGGUUUUUUGUUGUUGUUGUUCUGUUUUGUUUUUCUUCAGGACUUGGGCUUCUGUCACUUUUUUUUUUUAAUAUGGCUUGUAUAAAAGCACUGAAAGUUUACAUAUCUGUAAGUUAGGGAGCAGUCAAGAAACGUGGUUUAUACUGUUUUACUGUUGAGUUAAGGGCUUUCCUCUAUGUCGGGACAUAGGGCCGUGUUUUGUAAGUGCAUCAAUAUCUGUGGAGACCAAGGUUCUGAUCACUGAAGAUACUUAUUAAAAUGGGUGGAUGUUUCGGCAUUAACAUCCCAGUAGAAUACUUGCCUGUGUUAGCUCUGCAGCUAUUUUUGUGACACUAGUGAGAUGGUUAGGGAGGAGUAUCAAUGCUAGAACCAAUGUAGGGAUGCAUGUCAGGAUAAUCGUCAGCCCUAGCACAUAGCAGCUUGGCAUGUCUCUUUUUUUUACAUGAUUCUGCCUUGAGACUAGGUCAACAGAUAGUAAUUACUGUGACAGAUGCCUGUUACGAACUUUAUUGCAACAUUUGAGGCAAGCUACGAAGAAAUUAACCUUUCUUUAAAGGCACUUAAGUUUGGUAAAUAGCUGAUGUGAGAGUGAGAAAAUCCACCUUUGGACAAAUAUAGUUUUUGUGAGUCAGUCAUCCUGUGAUGAUUCAUGACUUGAACAGAAGGGAUGAAAGCCUGACAAUUGGAGAUGAAUGGAGGAUUUCUGUUGUCGGUUCAGUGAAACUGAUUUUAAGACAUCGUUUGUUAAAAGAUACAUCCUUCUUCCUUCCUUCUUCCUACGUUGCACUUGACUGCGUUUUUGAUCAUGUGCCACGUGAGGUGGAGGAAUGAAAAAAUCCUUCUAUAGUGAAGCAUCAUUUGCUUAUGCAUUACCAAACUGAUUGUAUGCUUAAAUUGCGUGCAAAGGGCUUCAAGGAUGACUCUUCAGAGGCUAUGUUCUAUUUUGCCUUGGAGUACAAAUCCAUUGUAACUCCAGCAUAACAGAUAUUCUAUACUACUAUUCUAUUCUAUUCAGUGGGUGUCAGGUAUUAACUGAAAAGGAAAAUGUACUGUUUGGUUUCUGACCUGUAUUUAAAGGAUGCACUGACUCACUCCUUUGGCAGAAUUAGAAGCUGAAUCUGGAAACUUUGCACAAUUGUAGCGAUAGAAGUGUUUGGACAUGUAAUGUUCUAGGCACUUGUUCAUGUGGCUGAUUUUUACCACUAGGGAAGUGACUUUUAUUAAAUAUAUGAAUUUGUGCAUAUACUAAAAAUGAAAACUAAAAUGGAUCAAAAUGCUUCCAUGAAGUCGAGCACUAGCUCAGUGAGCAGUGUUUGAACAGGCUGUUACAUCUCAUGGCAUUGCAGAUGACCACAUCCUGAAAAGGUCCUGCAAGAAGACUAACGCUUUCUCUUCCUUUGUGUGGCUCUGGACAGAAUGCCUCAUUUCAGUCAUCUGUUGAGGACUCUGCAACCUUUCUCAAACUGGAAGCUUUCAUUGAUGAAAAUUACCGACAGUGUUCACGGACACUGGUCUUAAAUACGUUUGAAGUGUAUUUUAUUUUAUUAAAUGUCUAAAGGUUAACUAAUAUUUCUGGCAAAUUCAUUUUUUCCUCCUAGUAAGUACUGCUGUUGUAAUUCUGGUUAGCAUUGAGCUGUCAUAUCGCUGGACGCAAUGUAGUACGAUGGUACUAACUGGAUGAAUUUUGAGAACUUGUUUUGGAUUUUUAGUGCUGUGAAAUAAAACUGCACAAUUUCUUCAUCUUA